AUGUCUUCUUUACUGUAUACCUUUCGUGUCAGAAAGCUCUCUACAUUCAAGAGUGAUGGAACUUGGCACCACUAUCCGCAACGAACCGAUCUUAGUGUACACUUCUUCAAGUUGAGAAUGGACUCUGUCAUCACCGUGUCUGCCAUGUGGAAAGGCACUACCCUAGAGAGAGUGGUCCUAGAGCCUACCGUCAAUGUGGUUUCCGUUAUUGCAAAAUACCCUUCGAUAGGCUACAAACAGAGUGAUCCAUAUGGUAAGUUGUUAAAGCGGUUCCAGAUUAGCUUCAACGACCAAGAUGAAUACGAGAAAUGCUACAAAUGCAUGCAGGAAUCGUUGAAGCUACAAUUAGUACCUGGAGAACUGGAGAAGAAGUCAGAUGAAGGCACUUGGUACGACUCGAUGUCGCAGAUGCUCUCACAGGCAUCACAAUCAAUCGAGGCAUCACAAAUUGUACCCGAUACUCAAGUUCCUGAGCCGUUCGAACAAUUUGCUUCCCAAGCACAGGCGAUAUCAGUUCAGCCGCCACUUUCACAGCUACCUGAAGCUAAAACUAUAGUUCCUUCAUUCAUACCAUCGUAUAUGCCAAUUUACUACCCACCACCACCGCAACAGAAUAUCGAUCUUGCAGGAUUCUUCCACAAAUCAAGUGACCAGCUUCCGAAGGCCUCUACAAUCCCAGAACUGGAUUUAAGAUCAAUGAUCAUUAAAAACUUACAAGACGAAGACUUCCGUGAAUUGGUCUUUAAAAUCGACAAGUUGAUCGGUACCGAUAAUCUAUAAAUUGCCUAUAUCUAUUUCUAAACUGCUAUCCAAAUUGACUAUUCUCUACUUUAACCCAUUUUUUAACAGUU